AUUUAUUUUUAUUACCCUUUCCCCCCAUUUGAUUUCUUGUCCCUUUACUUUCUGGAGUAUGGAACACGUUCACAUGGCUUCAAAUUUAAGAAGUACAAAAGGUAGAGUGCCGUAAGUUUCGGUUCUGGGAGUUAGACAAUGUUGCUAGUUUCCUUUCUCUUCUUCCGGACACAGCCCACUGAUAAGCACAGACAUUUAGAACAGGUUCCAGGCUGUUUUCUACCUUCCUUUCCGUCCCCCCAUUCCCUUCAUGUUAUCACUUGGAGCGCUUCCAUAUUUUUUUACACAGCAAGUUUCAUCUUUUUUUUUUUUUUUGGACACAUAGCAUUCCACCAAGUAGAUCAAUCACGAUGCCACUCGAAUUCCCUCCGGAUGUGAAUUUAGCUCAUCUCCAGUCUUUUGCAGUGGUGUGCAAUCGUCUGGUGCUGAUUCACCUGGUACCGAUGUCAUGUUGCAUGUUUCUGAGCAGAUCUUCUAUCUGGCAGUCACGUUCCUGGAAUUGUUCAGGUGUUAAGGCUGUUCCAAAUUUCACUAGCCCGGCCGUGUUCAGAGAGGCGUUUCCCACGCUCUGGCCAACAGUGCUCAGCAUGUACUUUACCUUAAACAGCGACAGGCUGCAGGCCUAUCUUUGCAACAAGCCCUCAGCUGCUCGGUUUCGGGCAUUUGAGAUGUGUCGAGCACGUCUCUCUCUUUUCCCUUGGCUCAUCCUUCUCAUCCCCAACCCUUGGCUUUCAUCCUGCAGGUUUCAGAUGAAACACUGUUUCCUCCUGGAAGACCUUGAGGAUUGCUCUCACCCCAGGGGGAGGUCAGCUCAGUGCCUUCUCUGUUCUCUGUCUUCCCACCCAAUCCUCUUUCCUGCCUUAGAGCACAUUUUCCAGGAAGGCGGUCGGAUCUGUGACUGCCUCCUCCCUCUGAAGGUGAGCUUCCUGCAGACAGGGUCCGAUAGCCUCGUCAGUCUGCCGCUGCAGCUCCAGCACCAAGGACAGAGCCAGCCCACAGUAGGUGCUCAGGAAAUACCUGCAGCUUGGGACCCAGGGAGCUAUGCCGGGAAACACAGGCAGAAGGACUCAGGAGCACAGUGGGUGCUCAGUACAUGUGGGUCUCUUAGGAGCGAAUGCGUAUCUGCUGGGCUUGUUGUAGAGGGGGCCACUGAGGCUAGGAGAAGCGACAGUCCCUUGCUCAGGCCGCCGAGUGAAGGCUGGACAGGGGUUCCAGUCCAGAGCGCCCCUACUUUGCCUGAGGCCUCUGCCACUGCCUCAUUCAUGACUCCUUCCCCUGGCACCCCCCUCGCCCAACACAGUGCCUGGCACAGACAGGACCUGAUAAAAGUGUAUUUGUUGAAGGAAUGAAUGAAUAUGUGUGUCUGCUGGGGUGGGGAGGGGAGCUGCGUCCAGCCUCCCAGGCCCGCAGCCCCCUCCCCGUGCAGAACCCAGGAAU